AUGGGCAGCAUCCAUCUUCCAUCGCAUGAAGCCCGCCUGGCAUGUCGCCAGAAUCGACUGACCAACACGGCCGGUGUGGCUCCAGGCUAUUUACAAGCCAAUCUAUUAAUCUUACCAGCUCAACAUGCAGCAGACUUCCAUGACCUCUGCCUUCGCAAUCCAGUCUCCUGUCCACUGGUAGGGAAGACAACUACUCCCGGAGAUGCACAUGCCGUUCAACCGGCCGGAUGCAUCCAAUUCCCAGACUUUGACAUUCGCACCGAUUUCCCCCAAUAUCGCAUCUACCAGAAUGGAGAAUAUCUUGAGAGUCGACGAGAUCUUCUUGAUGUAUGGACCUCCGGUCACGUUGCUUUCCUGAUUGGAUGUUCAUUCUCCUUUGAAGAUGCCUUGACCACAGCUGGUCUACAACCACGCCACCAACAAACCGGCACCAUUGUCGCAAUGUAUCGCUCCAACAUACCGCUGCUGCCGGCGGGUAUUUUUACCGGUGGUCACUGCAUCGUGUCCAUGCGUCCCUAUCGACCCGAGCAAAUUGAUCGAGUGAGAGAGGUGACGCGAACGUAUUUGUCGACCCACGGCGAACCGGUCGCUUGGGGGUGGGAGGGAGCAAAGCAACUGGGCAUCACGGAGAUCAACAACCCAGAUUUUGGGGAGCCACAGGUCUUCGAGGAGGGUGAAGUGCCGGUAUUCUGGGCCUGUGGUGUGACACCGCAGAUGGCUGUAGAGGCGGCCGGCGACCGAAUAAAGGGGCUGGUAUUCGCUCAUGAGCCUGGACAUAUGCUCGUGACGGACUGGACGUCGAAUGAUCUCGAUAAGUUACGACCCGGAAUCAUCUAG